UUUCAUAUACCCAUUUUCACAAUGUGCAUUCUAUGAUAUAGCACUUUUUGCAGCUAACCCCAAAACCCAGAAAGAAGAGAAACAAAACCAGAAAGGAAAAGGUAUUGAAGGUUCAUACAUGAGUGAGGUUGCAGCUGGUAGUGCCUUCAUUCCUCGCCACCACCACCACUUUCCCCUGGGCAUAGGAAAAUGGAAGGAUCAGCUUGUCAAGCCCAACAGGCAGUGGCAUGUGGUGACUCAACCAAAGUGGCAGCCAGUGAUCAAGAACCAGAUGGUUAAGCCUUCUACCUACACUUCCAGAAUCUCCACUGAUCUCCCUCUCUAUGAGUCUCCUGGGGCUUUGUUUGAUGAAUAUCUGGAGGACCAGCCCAGAGUGUUCAAAGCAAUAUUUCCAGACAAAAGAAGAAGCCAACGAAUUAAUGAGGAAGAAUGGAGGAUUCAAAUGUUGCCCAUACAGUUCCUUUUCCUUACUGUGUGGCCGGUAAUAGACAUGAGAUUGAGAUGCAAAUCAAGAGGGAAAGAUUACCCACCUGACGUUCCUCACAACAUCACAAAGGUUCUUGAGCUCAACAUUAUUAGAUGGGAGCUCCAAGGGCUUGAUGAUCUUCUCAAACCAUCUCAUUUUAGCCUAGGUGUAAAAGGAGCCUUGUAUCCAGAGAGACAGGCAAUGCAGAGCCGGCUUAAAGGUCAGCUAGAGAUGAGCAUAAGCUUUGUCCUUCCUCCUGUGCUUGCUCUGGUCCCUGAAGAUGGUCUCCGAAGUGUUGCAGAGUCGGUGCUAAAAAGAUUGCUGGAGAACAUGAAGCAUAAAGUUAAUGGAAGCCUGCUUGCAGACUAUAACGAGUUCAGGAAGCAGAAACUGAAGAAUCUAGUUUGAGCUUAUUGCUUGAUCUCCCUAUAAAUUCAUAUCAGGCAAUAAAUUUGGAAAGCUGGAGUUCUUGCAUUUUCCAUCAACCCAGAUGAAGCUGACCAAAACUACAGAAGCAGGACAAAUUGCAGACAUGAUACAAAGGAUCCUGAAGAAUCUGCCACCUUGUAGAGAGAUUUCCUUUCUUUUAGCACUCGUUGAGUUGAACAUAUUCUUUUGAAGGUAGUUAUUCUUGAGAAAAGUGUGGUAUCAGAGAGCAUUUCUGGGGUAUCCCACUUCCAUAUGUAGAAUUUGAAUACCUGAAAUCAAUGGGAAGAAUAUCUUAAUUUCAA